CAAAGUCGGACACAUUGCUGAAAUUGGAAACUUUGGGAAAAGUGUGGAAUUCCUGCCCGAUCUGUUUUACAAUGGGAAUGACAGAAUGGGAAUAGGAGGAAAAAAUGAAAGCAGCGACUGAGCUCAAAUACAAUAUCUCUUUUGGAUUAUCUGCGUGCGGAACUCUUUAAUUCAUAUUAUUUACCGGCUGCGGUCGGCAUGGCGGAGGGCUUGGAGGCAGCGGGUCCCAUUGACUGGAAGGAGAGGUGCACCACCCUGGAGACCCAGCUCCUCAAGUUCAGGAUCCAGGCCAGCAAGAUCCGGGAGCUGCUCGCCGAAAAGAUGCAGCAGCUGGAGAGGCAGGUUCUGGAUGCUGAUCGGAGAGCUGAGAAGGCCAGUCAGCAGGUUCAGGUGAUGGAGGAGAAGCUGAAGGCGGCCAACAUUCAAACCAGCGAGUCGGAGACCCGGCUGUAUAAGAGGAGCCAGGACCUGGAGACCCUGGUGCAGGAGAAGGAUGACAUCAUCCAGGGGCUGGAGCAGCAGCUGGACGAGCAGAACCAAAUGAGAUUCCAAGAAGCCAAGAUCGUAGAAGAGAAAGCAACAAAAAUCAAGGAGUGGGUGACACUGAAGCUGCAUGAGCUGGAGCUCGAGAACAAGAACUUGCGCUCGAUCAACCAGUGUCAGACUGAGGAGAUCAAGACGCUCCAGAGGCAGCUUCGGGAGGCAGAGGUGAAGAAGUCUCACUCUGUGACCCCCAAGCCUGGGGAAGCUCAGAGGCUCAGCAGCCUGACGUUCGGCUGCUUCCAGGUCAGAGCCAAAAAUCCCCAGGUCCUGACUGGAACAGAACAAGGGCACCGGGCCACCAAUCAGGAGACUGCAGGGUCGGAGGGGAGAGUGGCAGCAGAGAAAGAAACCAGUAAAGAUUCCCAACCUCAGAGUGGUCGAGAUGACAGCAAGAACCAGAGACCUGUACUGCCUAGCGUGGGCAAGAAAGGGGGGAGAAAGGGCCAGGGGGGAGAGGCAGCCUGCGGUGGGGUGAUGAGUGAGGGCAGCUCUGACGAGGAGGGGGAGGGGGGGAGUGGGCGGGAGAGACCCAAGUCUCGCUGUGUGUCCUCUGCACUCUCCAGCCCUGCCUCUGAUGGGCGCUACAGCCGGGCUGGGAGCGAGACUUACCUGACCGCCUCAGACAAUAGCAGCUCUCUGUUUGAUGAGGACAUGCAGCGGGCCGACCCCAAGGGGGUGUACCAGCUCCCCCAGAUAGACCACCUGAGAGACGGCACGGCUGCAGGCUGCCUAGGGAAGAAGAGGCCGGAUCGGGACAGCUCUUCGGAGGAGUUGAGUAAGAAGUUCCAGUCCCAGCGCCUCGACUCGUCAUCCUCCUCCAGCGAAGCCAACACCCCCAGCCCCAUCCUGACCCCUACGCUCACCCCCAAACACCCCACCCUGGAGACCAGCCCCCUCUCCCUCCCACACUCCCCCAGCAAGCUGCCCCCUCCCAGGCUGCGCACCCCCACCGUGUUCAGCAUCAGCGUGGCCCUGGCCAAGAAGCACCUGAGCCAGCCACAGCUCAGCUCCGACCGGCUGUUUGGCCGCAACCGCAACGCCAUCAGCAUGGUGCGGCCGCUCUGGCAGCAGGAUGACAUGGAGCUGGAGGAGCGAGCCCAGCCGGGGGGCUCCGAGCCCGGCCUGGAUGAGGGGGUCUUCUCCUACGACUCCUCCGAGGAGCUGGACGGAGGGGCAGAGCUCCUGGGGAGAGCGCAGGGCAGCAAGCCGCCCACCCCCCCUCUGCACAGAUUUCCAUCCUGGGAAAGCAGAAUUUACGCGGUAGCCAAAUCUGGGAUCAGACUGUCUGAAGCCACAUAUCCUGAGCUUGCCAACAAAAGCUCUGGGUCUCUCUCUUCAUACUCCACCUCUGGGUCGUACACCUCUCUGAUAUACAAGAACAUGACCACUCCAGUCUACACCGCACUCAAAGGGAAAGCCACCCAGCUGAGCAGCAGCCCGUUCUCUGAUGAGUCGUCAGGCUCCGAGGAGGAGGAGAGCUCCCGCUCCAGCUCCAGGACCUCUGGCUCAGACUCCAGGAGGGGCAGCGGGACAGGGAGCCCCCGCGCCAUCAAGAGAGUGUCAGGGGUGUCCAUGUCAUCGAUGACCUCAGAGAGCGACUACGCCAUCCCUCCUGAUGCCUACUCUACCGACACGGAAUGCUCGGAGCCAGAGCAGAAACUGCCCAAGACCUGCUCCUCCUCCAGCGACAAUGGCAAGAACGAGCCUUUGGAAAAAUCCGGGUACUUGUUGAAGAUGGGAGGGAAAGUGAAGACCUGGAAAAGACGCUGGUUUGUCCUGAAAGGAGGUGAACUGCUGUACUACAAGUCGCCAAGUGAUGUGAUCAGAAAGCCACAGGGGCAGAUUGAGCUCAGUGCCUCCAGCAGUAUAGUCCGGGGGGACGGGAAGCAAACCAUUCAGAUGAUCACUGAGAAGCGAGUCUAUUACCUGACUGCUGAUUCCCCCAAUAUCCUGGAGGAGUGGAUCCGCGUGCUGCAGAACGUACUGCGAGUGCAGGCCGCCAGCCUGCUUUUCACACAGCCCGAGGCCAAGCCAGCCAUGAAGGGGUUGCUCACCAAGGUGAAGCACGGAUACUCCAAGCGGGUGUGGUGCGCAAUCAUUGGGAAAACGCUGUACUAUUUCCGCAGUCAGGAAGACAAGUUCCCGCUGGGUCAGAUCAAGCUGUGGGAGGCCCGGGUAGAGGAGGUUGACCGGUCCUGCGACUCGGACGAGGACUACGAGACCAGCGGCCGCAGUCUGCUGUCCACUCACUACACCAUCGCCGUCCAGCCCAAGGAGCAGGGCCCCACCUACCUCCUCAUUGGCUCCAAGCACGAGAAGGACACCUGGCUAUACCACCUGACUGUGGCUGCGGGCAGCACGACCGUCGCAGUGGGCACGGAGUUCGAGCAGCUGGUGGGGAAGCUGCUCAACGUGGAGGGAGACCCCGGCUCUCAGAUCUGGAGGCACCCCACCCUGUGUUGUAGUAAAGAGGGCAUCACCUCCCCACUCACCACCCUGCCCUCGGAGGCACUGCAGACCGAGGCCAUCAAGCUCUUCAAAACAUGCCAGCUAUUCAUUAACGUUGCAAUCGACACCCCUGCCAUCGACUACCAUGUGUCCCUGGCACAGAGCGCACUGCAGGUGUGCCUCACCCACCCCGAGCUGCAGAACGAGAUCUACUGCCAGCUCAUCAAGCAGAGCCACAAGAGGCAGCCCCCGGACCAGGCUGGGCCCAUGCAGGGCUGGCAGCUGCUUGCUCUCUGUGUGGGACUCUUCCUGCCUCAGCACCCCUUCCUGUGGCUCCUAAAACUGCACCUCAAGAGGCAUGGGGACUCCAGGACGGAGUUUGGGAAGUACGUUAUCUACUGCCAGCGCUGUGUGGAGCGCACUCAGCAGAAGGGGGAGCGCAAGGCCAAGCCAUCCCGCAUGGAGAUCCUGUCCAUCCUGCUGAGGAACCCCUACCAUCUCUCCCUGCCCUUCAGCAUCCCUGUGCACUUCCUCAACAACACCUACCAGGUGGUGGGGUUUGAUGCAUGCACCACGGUGGAGGAGUUCUUGAGCACACUGAACCAGGACACUGGCAUGAGGAGACCCACACAGUCCGGCUUCGCUCUCUUCACUGACGACCCCUCUGGCAGGGAUCAGGAGCACUGUCUGCAGGGCAGCAUCAAGAUCUGCGAUAUCAUCUCUAAAUGGGAGCAGGCCUCCAAGGAGCAGCAUACCGGCAAGUCUGAGAGCACAAGGACAGUGCGGCUCACCUACAAAAACAGGUUGUAUUUCUCUGUGCAGGCUCGUGGUGAGACUGACCGGGAGAGGCUGCUGCUCAUGUACCAGACCAGCGAGGAGAUCCUUCAGGGACAGUUCCCUGUCAACAAGGAGCUGGCUCUGGAGAUGGCAGCGCUGCUGGCACAGGUGGAGUUCGGAGACUUCGAGCGACCGUUCUCCACGCCGGCAGGUCAGGUGACUGCCCAGUCCAAAUCCAGCCAGAGUCUGAAGCAGGUUCUGGAGAGGUUCUACCCCAAGCAGUACCGGCAGGGCUGCUCCGAGGACCAGCUCAGGCAGCUCCGGCAGAGGCUGUCAGCAAGGUGGAUGUCUCUGAGGGGCCGCACCGCCUCGGACUGCAUUCGGAUCUACCUGACCGUGGCUAGGAAAUGGCCUUUCUAUGGGGCUCGGCUCUUUACAGCAAAGCCCAUCACCUCCUCGCCCUUCCCAGAUGCUCUGGUCAGGCUGGCAGUGCACGAGGACGGGAUAAGUGUGCUGGAGUACAGCUCCAUGAGGCUGCUGGUGUCGUACCGGCCCAGGAACCUGAUGACGUUCGGAGGCUGCCGCGAUGACUUCAUGCUGGUGGUGGGUCAGUCCAGCAGCAACGGUCACCCCAAGGACAAGCCCACGGAGAAGCUCUUGUUUGCCAUGCCCAAGCCCAAGAUUCUGGAGAUGACCCUGCUGAUCGCCAGCUACAUCAACAGUGUCCACCAGCAGAAAGCCGCUGCCCAUCACCUCUCUGCCCCAGCCCUGCUCUCCGCCCCGCUGACUGGACCCAAGAGCAGGGAGAUGGGGAGCCAGCCACUGCUGUCCCCCAACAGACCCACCAAGGGACCCACCCUUCUGUGAGCCCAGGCACCCUGAGCCACUCCCUGACUGAGCUUGCUCCUCAGCUGACCAGAGAAAGCAACAGCCUCCAAACCGCAAGCCAUUAGACCCUCACUGAACAAGGGGACUGUCCUACUGUGAAAUGAGCAGCACCCCCUGCUGGCAGACCCAGUGCAUCUGGUUCCAUGCUAGAUCUUUAGCUCAAAGUUUCGAGCAACCUUUACAAAAUCCUGUAGGGCCAUGCCAGUACAUGUUAAAGGGAUACUGUAUAUAGUCUACAUUUGUAAUCAUUCAUUUCUUACCUGUUUAUGUAUUUAUCAUGUGUGAGUGUCUAUUAUUGCUUACAACAUUGUUUGCUCUGUUUAUUAACCGUUCCAGCAAAAAAUGCUUCUGAAAAGAGUUCACAAGACUGAUUGUGGGGAAGCAUAUCCGUGUUGCACAGGUUUCAAUGUGCAAUGCUCCACACAUUGGCUUUCGGACCACAGUAAGCCUUUAAAAUACUUUGCUGGAAUAGAUGGUAAACAUGGCAAAAUAUGAUUUAAGAAGAAACAACAGUAGCGAACACACAUAAUAGGAUAUUAAAUAUCAGAAAACACUUUGAUUAUAUAAACGGUCCCUUUAAGAACGAGGAUCACCCCUUUAGACUGGACUGCGGGAAGGCUGGGCUAAUUGAAAGCAUUGCUGUAUUCAGUACAUUGUGUUGUUAAGAGUGUCUCGUUUAUUUAAAGCUAUGCUGGGGUAUUUGUGAACUAGCCACUCAGAAAGAUGUCUUCAAAUGACCAGCUACUAGAAACAAUAACUACUGGAACUUCAAAGUGCUUUUAAUAUAAUAUAAAAAUUGUAGUAGGCAAAAAAAAUAAAAAUAAUUUAAUAUAAAUGUAAAUAUAAAAUAAUUGGAGCUGUAGUCAAAACUCUUAGAACGGGUAAACUGAGGUGGAACUGACACUGCUUAUGCAAUUAUGUAUAUGGUAUAUCUGGUUUCAAAAAUGAGCAAAUGAUCAUUUCCUUAGGUGUGCCUGUCCUUAAACAACUAGCUAACUGUAAACCAGCAUGUUUCUGUUGAAGCUCCCCAUUAUAAACCAUCCCUAAACAGAGGCUACAGGAUGAUGAAACAUUCUCCCCCACUAAAGACACUUACAGUGCAGCUUUACUGUGGUAAACCUUAUAAGGGUGCCCCCUACUCAAAGAAGUCAGUUCUAUAUAGUUUUUCACAACACACUUUAGUUUUUAAAUGUACUGUGUAAACAGUUUAGCAGUGCAGUAUUAUUGACCACAGUAUAUAAAAUACAUACUUGUAUUUUCAUUGCUCUGCUGUGCAGAUCAUAUUCACACUGUGAUAAAGCAAUUAUUAUUAUUAUUAUUAUUAUUAUUAUUAUUAUUAUUAUUAUUAUUAUUAUUAUUAUUAUUAUUAUUAUUAUUAUUAAUAGUAGUAGUCAUAGUAGUAGUAGUAGUAGUAGUAGUAGUAUCAAAUUAGUUUUUUAUUCGAACUAACAAUAGAGGAGGCACUUUUGUAAUUAAAGUUUAACAUCAUCAUUGCAUUUUGUUACUUAUUCUUGUAUCAGUGUUGCCCUGUUUUCACAUAAGGAAUUGAUUCAUGGUUGAACGAUAUGUUAUUAUGCAUAGUUACAAUGUACUUAACAUGGAAACCUUUUUGCACACUAUAUAUGUACACAAUUGUAUCAGAAAAGGGUUAUGGUUGGGGUUUGGGUUAGGGUUAGAGUUAAGGUUAGGGUUAGAGCUAAGGUUAGGGUUAGGGUUAGUAAAUUGUAACUAUGCAUAAUAACAUUUUAAUUAUGUGUAAGCACACAUGUAUUUACUAAGUAACUGCUAUUUUAAAUACACAGUAAUUAGACACACUGAAUGCAAAGUGUCACCCAGUAUUUUCCUGGUUUGUGUUUUGUUUUUGGGCUGCAUGGUAAGGUGAGGGAGUCUAGUAUCGAUUCGACAGUAUUUUAUAUUGUGUGUGUUUAAUUUCAAAGAGCCUGUGUCGGCCAUGUGGUGUCUCUACCCAUGUGCUUUGUAAUGUGUGUGCAAGGUGAUCUGGUAUACACCUUUGCCCAGCUCAGUGUCGUGCUUUGUGUCUGUAAUCAAGAGAAGUCUAUGACUGUUAUACAAUAUUUAAAGUGCAAUGCUUUAAUGCCAAGCUGCCUAAAUAUUUAUUUUAUUUAGUUUGCUUUCUGCUAAUUCUCACAGUUCUUUAAAAAUGUAAUAAAUGCACUUUAUAAACAUA